GAUCAAUCGCAAUGUCUGGCCACCCAUUUGGGCUGCUCGACCAGUCAGAAGAAGNAUGCACUGCACACUGCGCGCUUACUGAAUGUCGAGGAGCGCCCAUUCGCACGCGUUUCAAAACGACUACUAGGCAAAGACUCGCUCCUGAGACUCCCUGCUCAACUACCGACCCCGCCGCCCGAUGAGUCCGACGCAGACCAGGAAGCAGACCGUCAAAAGAAAGAGCAAGAGAGAAGGCAAUGGCGCGAAGAUGUCAUGCUCGACUUUGCUCUCCUCGAAAGCACCCUCAUCCGUAUACAGUUCUUGAAAGACAGCAACGAGAAGGAGCGCCAAAGAUAUGCAGACGAGAAGAACAAAAUCUUGGAGACUGCUCAGGCAGUACGCGACAACACUGCAGAGCUACGCGUGCAACUGGAAGAAGCCCAAAAGACCUUGACUCUACGCAAGGAAUACGAUGUGCUCGCUGAGAAGAUCACCAACAACCGCAUGCUGAAGCCACGUGAAGAGCAACGCGCAAACUUGGAGAAGCUGAAUGCAGAGAUUGCAGACUUGGAGCAUGAAGGUCAAGAAUACGAGCAAACUUGGGUCGAGCGUAGGGAACAGUUUGACAACAUCAUGGCCGCUGGAAAACAAAUGCUCAGAGUCAUCAGAGGCGAAAAGGACGAGCCAGAGAAAGAUGAGACUAUGGAGGACGGCGAAGAACGUGAAGACGGCGAGGCUACCAAGGACAAUAGCCGAAUGGGCACACCCGGACCUGAGACAGGAGGCGAGGAUGAUGAUGUGUCCAACUCAAAACGCAGUCGAGGACCAUCACAAGGCACUGGAGCCAAUACACCUGCCGCAGGAGGCGACUCACAAACUCCUGAUGCCGGAGACACUGUGCCUGCUCCAGCAGAGAAGCCAAUGGAUACGGACAUGAUGGAAGCCGGGGAGACACCACAACCUGCACCAGUCUCUGAGCUUGAAGAAGGAGAAGCAGCAGAAGAUUCGGUUGAAGAAGGCGAGCACAUGGAUGUGACG